CAACACACCUCUGUUUCAUAAAUUGAAGAGAUAUCAAGUAUUAUACUUGAUUUGUACACAUUAGGAUAGAACAGACAGUUGUCCACGCAUUGUGCAUUAUGACUACAAAACAAGUCAAUGUGGUGCUAUUUACUCUUUUAUUAGUAUUUGGAGUAGCAAUAAAUCCAAAAACAAACACAGCGACAGACACAGAACCAUCAGAAGAGGCAACGACAACAGAACAAACCACAGAAGCAACAACACCAGAUCCACCUUCGUUUCAUCAGGGACAACAGUAUACAAUAAAUUGUCUAGAAUCUGGAAAUGUUGAGGUAAAAGACGUGUCUGAAUCAACUUCAGUGACAGUUGUAGAAGGAGAAAAGACGUGUGUCAACAAUAGCAGAACAUUUAAUGAAAAACAUGGAAAGAUUGUAAUCAACUCGUCAUGUUUGUCCUCUGAUAAUUUUACGUACAUACGAAGUGUUACUUUUACAAUUCAUGAUUCAACUUUUGAUGGGAAAUCCAUCAUAACUCCACAUCCUGUCGAUGAUAAAAAAGGAGGACAAAAUCUACACAGAAUUACGGUGAAUUGUAAACCUCUACUCACGAGUGGUAUGAAUGUGUAUGUCGUACAUGGCGUUGGUUUGUGA